UCACCAAAAGCAUCAGGACAGAGUUACAGCAUCACUAACAUCACAUCUGAGGACAGUGGAGAAUAUUACUGUGAGGCUCAGAAUCAAUAUGGACGUCUAAACUCAUCUACUUUGUCUGUGGAUGUUCAAUGGCUUUGCCACAACCUGAUUGGCAGCUACUGGUGUCAAUGCUCAUCUGGAUCGACCAACUAUGGCCACAAAGGAACUAAAUGUGUCGAGCUCAGUUGUGACCCGCAAGAAGCGCAGCCUGGAAAGACUUUUCCAGGCCUUGGCAGUCUCAUGUCUCUGGUGAGAAAAAACUGUUUGUGGUUGAGGAACUCUUCAACAUCUGGACCACUUGGACCGCCAUUGGAGGAAGAUGUACUGUUGAAAGAAUUGAUUAAUGCCACUGACCAUGUUCAGCUGAACCACCAGAAUAACAGUGGUCCCCAUGGUGGCAGUGAUGUGACUAGUUUUUUGCAGACCGUUGAAAAUGUCAUUAGACUGAUCGCUCCACUGCUGACAGAGAAGACGGCCAGGAUAGAGACUAACUAUAUAGAGGCCAAUAUACUGGUGAACAGAAACAGGACUCAACCUAAAGGUCCAGUCAGCCUGACCAGUGAGAACGCUCAACUUGACACUACCUGGGAGACUGUUACUGGAGAUCAAAAAAAUUACCCAGGGUUUGCAUUUGUCAGCCUGGUCAGCUUUAAGAAUGUGCAUAUUCUGAACGGCAAUUCAUCUCAGACCCAGCAGCUCAUAUCCAAUGCUGUCAUAGUAUCUACUGGCAACCCCAACUCAACAAACCUGAACCAACCGGUCAACCUCACCUUCCGUCACCUGGAGUUGGCUGACAAGGACCCCAACUGUGUUUAUUGGUCAGAAGAGAAUGGGACGUGGUCUAGGCAGGGCUGCAACUUGGUGAUAACAAAUGCCACCCACACUUUAUGCUCCUAUAACCAUCUCAGCACUUUGUCUUUGCUACAAGGACUACAACAGGAAAAGGUGAUGAGAACACAGGGAGGGGAUCAUUCCCGUGUAAUAUGGAUGGGCAUUCUCGUGGCACUGGCCUGUGUGGUCCUAUCCCUGACCACGGCCCUGCUGUGUCGUUUUGCCAGCAGAACACGCCAUGGACGCUACCAUCUUGAUGUGAAAUUCUUUAGAAAAUGAAACAUUGGUUUGAACAAUGGGUGGUAAUGUAAUGCUUUAUUUUGGAUCCAUUUGUAACAUUGUCCCUUGGAUUGCAAGGACAUCCAAAGCCAGCACUUGUUUUGGUUGUAUAACGAUAAACCAUUGUUAUGGAAAUUUGGAACUAAGGUGCAUUUGAGAAAUGUUUGUCUUUCUAUUGGCUGGUAUGUAAAUCUGU